UUCGAGUGCACCAAGCUUAUAAAUGUAACUAGCUACAUUGGGACAUCACGCUCUUUGUACACUCCGCCAUCUCUCUCCAUCUCUCUCGUGAGUAACGACAAUGGCGACCACUUUCAGCGCUUCAGUCUCCAUGCAAGCUACCUCUCUGGCAACAACAACGAGGAUUAGUUUCCAAAAGCCAGUUUUGGUUUCAAACCAUGGAAGGACUAAUCUCUCCUUCAACCUAAGCCGCACUCGCCUUUCAAUCUCUUGCGCGGCCAAACAAGAGACAGUAGAGAAAGUAUCUGAGAUAGUCAAGAAGCAACUAUCACUCAAAGACGAUCAACAAGUCGUUGCAGAAACCAAAUUUGUCGAUCUUGGAGCAGAUUCUCUGGACACGGUUGAGAUAGUGAUGGGUUUAGAGGAAGAGUUUGGUAUCCAAAUGGCAGAAGAGAAAGCUCAAAAGAUUGCAACAGUUGAACAAGCUGCUGAACUCAUUGAAGAGCUCAUGCAAGCCAAGAAGUAACUUCAAGUUUAGUUUACCCCUCAAAAUAAAAACAGAGCAGGGCUUUGAUGAGUUUGUUGUUUUCAUUAUGUUUUUUAAUGUGUCAAGUGAGUCUGUCCUUGUCCUAAUGGUUUAGUAGUAGUAUCUGUAUCCACGAGUUUCUAUCUGUCUCCUCUGAAUCUCUUGGUGCCCGAAAAAAUUUCAGAAUGAAUUAUCAUUUUCAAGUAA